GAUAGGAUGAUUAGAGUUUUGGUAUAAGCACUCCUCAAAAAAAAUUCCGCGAGCACACCGAACACGACCGCUAAACGACCCCCAUCGCACGUCGUUUACCUUGAACCAUCGCAAAACCCAAACCCAAACCCAUCGUUCUAAAACCCCGAAACCAAAGAUCUGAGUUCAUCGCCACCGGAAACAACAAACUAAACAGAAACACAUAAACUUCAUCUCAAUCUCACAGCUACUACAUCAUUGCAUUCACAACCACUUCCCGAUAAUGAGAAGGCUCACAUUAUUAUCCCCGUAUCGGCGCCAUUUUCUCUCGUCCGUUGCUUCAGAAUCUCUAGUUGAUAAAGGAGAUUCGUUCCGGAAAUUCUUCUCCUCUCAUCAAUCGUUGUUGCUUUCACGAACUUUAUUCGGUUGCGGUUUUGUCACUAAAAAAGAGGAAUUUCGAAAUUCGACAUUUCCACUGGGAUAUCGUUAUGGUCAAGCUACAGCGUAUUCUUCUACGGCAGAACGGAACUAUUAUCAGGUGCUUGGUGUUUCUGAAAAUGCUAAUCAGGAUGAGAUAAAGAAGGCGUUUCGCUUGCUUGCUAAAAAGUACCAUCCAGAUGCAAAUAAGAAUAGUCCAUCGGCAAAGAGGAAGUUUCAAGAUAUAAGAGAAGCUUAUGAGACAUUGAGAGACUCUAAAAAGAGGGCAGAGUAUGACAAGAUGCGUGUUUAUGGUUCAGAGAAUAUGGAAUAUAGUAACAAUCAUGAUGAUGCAGAAAGGUUUAGAAAUGCCUACCGUACUCAUUUUUCUGAUUCAUUUCAUAAUGUAUUUUCUGAGAUAUUUGAAGAAGCAACAACUCAGUUCUCGCAAAAUAUAGAGGUGGAGUUAUCUCUUACUUUCUCAGAAGCCGCAAGAGGAUGCACCAAACAUGUGUCAUUUGAUGCGUCAGUUCCCUGUGAUUAUUGCUAUGGGCAAGGAUAUCCACAAAAUGCUACCCCAACAGUUUGUCCAACAUGCAGGGGCUUAGGUCGAGUUACAAUCCCACCAUUUACAUCAACAUGCAUUACUUGUAAAGGAGCUGGCCGCGUUAUUAAGGAGUUUUGUUUGUCAUGUGGAGGAUCCGGGGUUAUUGAAGGGAUUAAAGAAGUUAAAGUUACUAUACCACCAGGCGUUGAUUCGGGAGAUACCAUCCAUGUGCCAGAAGGUGGGAAUGCUGCUGGAAGUGGUGGUCGACAUGGAAGUUUAUACAUAAAAAUAAAGGUGGUUGAGGAUCCAGUCUUUGAGAGGGAUGGUGCAGAUAUCUAUGUGGAAUCUAAUAUUAGCUUUACACAGGCUAUUCUUGGUGGCAAAGUUGAGGUGCCUACUUUAUCAGGGAAGAUGCAAAUAAACAUACCUAAGGGUGUUCAGCCUGGACAGCUGCUAGCAUUUAGAGGCAAAGGACUGCCAAAGCAUGGGUAUUUUGCAUUUCAUGGGGAUCAGUAUGUGCGUUUCCGUAUAAACUUCCCCAUUGCAAUCAAUGAACGACAACGUGCUAUACUUGAAGAAUUUGCUAUGGAGGAAAUAAAGGAGGGAAGUAGUUCAACAUUUGAAGGAAAUUGGUGGCAGCAAAUUCUUGAAUACUCGACGAGUCCAAAGUUUAUGCUGGAACUAUCUAUGCUGAUUUUAGUCCUAGUCUUCAUUAACAAAAUGUUGAGCUGAUGGCGUGUUCAAAGUUCAGACAUGAGUGAAGUGGACUUGCCAAAAGACAAAUUCUUCUAAUUGCUGUAUUCUUCAUCCUUUCGGACUAUGUACAGUACAAGUUAUAAAGACAUUGGAGCAAAUUUAUCCCAUUGACUAUAGGAAUAAGUGACUACCGAAAUCGAGGCUGUAUUGCUGAAAGAUAAGAUUUCUUGGAGCCUGUCCAUGGCAUUGGCUAAUAUGCAUAAGGAUUUUCCUUAUGCACCAUGCAUAAGUCAAUCUAAGCCAUUGGAUCAUAUUUUUAAUCUAAUAUUGAGUAUUGAGUAUUGAGUAUUGAGUACUGAGUAUUGAGUAUUGAGUAUUGACUAUUGAGUAAUGAGUAUUGACUAUUGAGUAAUAAUUAUAAUUUGAUCUAAUGAUCCAAUGGUCAAUAAUUCUCUAUGCACGGUGCAUAGAUUUUUAUCUAUGCACCGUAACUGCACCCCCUGUCCAUUAUUUUGUUGUUGAACUAUCAAAGAAUAAGAUUGCCAGCUGAAGCAUGGUAAAAAUUUAUUUCAUGAAGAAUUCUUCUACAGUUUAACUGAUUUAUACGAAUGUCAUCAUGGAUAUCGUAUCGAAGAUGGAAACUUCCUGUGUUUUCUUUUUUCAAUAUAUUUUUUCUUGUUCGUUAAUUUGUUGUAUUCAAUACAUGGUUUCCUUUUUUGUUGUAUUUUAUACAUCCAUAUGUCAUAAACUAAUUUGUUGUAUUUUAUACAUUCAUAUGCAUUUCAUUGGUGCUGAAUGCCUAUCAAUUAACAGAACAUCAUUACUAUACUAAAGCAUUGCGAAGUUUUGAAUGAAAUAAUUCCAUUAACUAGCUUUUGAGGGCUCAGAACAAUUAAUUAAUAUAAUAAUUAUUCUGAAAUUAAAAAAAUCUUAAUUUAAAGUUUUUUUUUGGCUCUGGCUGCGAGUUAGGGAAGAGAAGGUAUAGCUUCGGCAAAAGAUUUUUUUUUUCAGGCCUGGCCCAUAGGCUAGGAAAGUGAGGUCUUUGCCUAGGGCCUCCAAAUAUUUUUUUUUUUAAUUUACCGUUGUUGCUCCGUUAAUUACUACACUUGUAUCAUUAGUAAGUUGCAAAUAAGAAGCUAAAGAGCCACUUUGUAUGUUCAUUGCACCUCAACACUAGCACAAGCUUUUUAAUGCAAUAACUAGUAAGAUACCCGUGCUAUCGCACGGGUUUCGUCUUGAUUUAAAUUACACGUCGCGAUAUCUCAUUUGUCAAUUUUAAAACUUGUUUUAUAGAUCAUAAACAUUCGUAGAAUUACAAAUAUAGACUAAUAAUAUGCUUUAACCACCGUUAUUCUUUUAUGUAAGUAGUAUUUUUAAAUAUUUGUAAGAACAAUACACUUGUUUGAUACAGGAU